AUGAUGCAGCUGUCUCGGCCAGCGGCGACGGCGCUGCUGCUGUCGAUCGCUUCGUUCGGGACGCUUGUCCAUGGCCACGAUCACCAUGAGGGCGGCGAAAGCCACAUCCCCGAGGGCGAAGCGAUAUCACUCGAACCGGUCGACACGAUUCUCUGGAUCCACAUCCUCAUCCAGAUGCUCGCAUACGGCGUCAUCUUCCCAAUCGGCAUGGUCUUUGGUAUGACCAAAUCUCGAUGGCACGUCCCGACGCAAAUCCUAGGCUCCAUCCUCGCCGUCGUCGGCUUCUUUCUCGGCCAUGCGCACAAAGGAAGAGAGUUUGUCAGCCACAAUGUGCACUCGGUGUUCGCCAACAUCUUGCAACUCCUGCUUGUCGGCCAGGUCGUCUUGGGCCUAUACUUGAAGCUUCACUGGGAGAAGGGCGCUCUCGGCAUGAUUCGCAAGUUUGUCCGACCCUUCCACUCCGUCAUUGGCAAAGCGAUGCCGCUUCUCGCAUGGGUGCAGAUGAUCUUUGGAGGUAUCACCACCCUUGGUUUCUGCCAAGGCGAUCACGUUGGUCAAUGCGCAGCCCACUUUAUCAUGGGAGGCGCAUUCAUUGCCUACGGUAUCCUUUUGACCAUUAUUCUGCUCGCGGGACAAGUCUGGAUUCGUCGUACGGGAAGAUCGCAAGAGUUCUACGACAGCGCGGUCAUUGCCGCUUGGGGCUGCGUCAACACCUUCACGGAGCACCGAUGGGGUACCGCCUGGGUCAAGAAUGAUUGGCAACACACUACAAUGGGCGUCAUCUGGUGGUGUGCGGGUCUGGCUGGUAUUUGGCUGAGCCGAGAUCGCGAUGGUAACCCGAAGCGCAACUUUAUCCCUGGAUUCGUCAUCCUCAUCACUGGUUGGGGUAUGUCUGCGCACCCUCAAGAGCUGAUGGUCAGCGCCAUGACGCACACCAUGUUUGGUUACACCCUGAUGGCCGCUGGUCUUACACGUAUCAUUGAGAUUGCCUUUGUUCUCAAGGAUGCUCAGUCCCUAUCCGAUGAUGGGCGCACCUGGAACAGCUUCCAGUACAUUCCUGUUUUCCUCUUGUAUGCCGCCGGCUUCCUCUUCAUGGGUGCGACCGAACAGCAGAUGUCUCUCAUCGACGGCUCCAGCAUGGAUGUCAUCUCUUACAUCCUGAUCCUUUACUCUCUCGCCUUUUUGGUCUUUUUGUUUGCCAAUAUGCUCAUCCACCUUUACGACCGUCUGUCAAACCCACCUCUGGAUACCAAAGGUUUCGCCAAUGGUCACACUCACCUGAACGGACGAGCUGUAGAGGACGGCCAAAUCCGAGCGGCUGAGGAAUUCGAGCUCGAUGGGCUGUCAACCGAUGACGAGGACGAUGAGAGGCAGGGAAUGCUGGCAGGUGAGGGAUCCAACGCCCCCAAGAGGCCUGCUGCAGCUCAAUCAUGA